UAUAAACUUUAAUACUAAAAUUAAAUCAUUUUGUGCGGUUCUUCCAUCAGCCAUUGACAGAAGGACGGACUAUUGGAGGUCACGCACGUACUGAAACCAAAAUGCUGUCAAGAAUAUUGCCAGUGGCCAGAUCUGCCACAUCCUCUGUUGCCCGAUUGCAGGCAGUUCGCUGUAUGGGGGGUCAAGCUCCUGCACACUGGAAGAGUGACCUUGAAGUUGUCACAGAGAACCGUGUUACAAUGAAUGACCACCCCAUUCCUGAAGGCUCCUGGCAAGAGAACUACAACAAGAGAAACAGCAAAUACAACAUGUAUAUUGCUGUUUCCUCUCUCUUCUUGGCUGUCACAGGUUUCAUACUGUACCAGUCUGGAGCAGUGUACCUCCAUUCCACUCCUCCACUCAAGAAAAGAUAACUCUGUCAAUGUUAGGGCAAUAUUUUGACAUCAGGCACACAUCAGGGAUGCCAUUAGCCUUGCAGAGGAGCGUGAUAAAUCUUAUGACUGAAUGGUCACCACAUAUCGCCUUUGAGGACAUGUCAUCAGGAAGCUUUUGAAUAUCAUACGCUCCAUGUUGUUAGCUUGAAUUGUCAGAUAAAAUGUAAUUUAAGAAUGUGUGACUGAGUCAUUUUGUUUUGUUGUUGAAAUACUUAAGCUACCCCUAGUAUGACUGGAGCUUCAGAGAAUAAACUUUGGACUUGAA